UCAAUUUCAUUUUCAACCCUCUCCUCGAGUGGACCUUCGUUUGCCUCAGUGUGUGUUUUUGUUGAAAGAUCGAAAUCAAAAUCAAAAUGGAAAUGAAAUUCAGUAAAAAUGAUUUCAUAGCUUGUUGUGGAAGCACUAAAUUUGCGGAGUAUAUGAUCGCUGAUGGACCUUAUGCUAGUUAUGAAAAAGCUGUUGCUGCCGCCAAUUACAUCUGGUUCAAUAAAGUUGAUGUAAAUGGUUGGCUUGAAGCAUUUGGUGGUCACCCACAAAUUGGCCAAAAUCCUUCAUCAUCACCUGCUCACAAUAUUUCUUCCACAAGUGCUCAAUGGAGCAAAGGGGAGCAGUCAACUGCUCUAGCAACAGCAACCGAUUCUACUUUACAGGAAUUAUAUGAGUGGAAUUCUCGAUAUAAACAAAAGUUUGGGCAUGUUUUUCUUAUAUGUGCAUCUGGAAGGAGUACUCCUGAAAUAUUAUCCGAAUUGAAGAGGCGCUUUUCAAAUAGGCCAAUUGUUGAGUUUGAGAUUGCAGCCGGAGAACAAAUGAAAAUCACGGAAUUACGUCUUCAAAAGCUUUUCUCGAACGUAGAAGUUUCUGCUUCUACUCGGGUCCAGUCCACCGCGAGUGAUGUCACCAAAGUAGAAGAAGGUCGGGUAGCCAUAUUGGGAGGGCACUUGACUGCUCCAUCAAUAGCUUCUGAUGCAAAAUUAUCUGCAGCGACUACACGGGCUCGCCCACCCAUCACCACUCAUAUACUAGAUGUAGCCCGUGGGUGUCCUGCUUCUGGAGUUGAAGUCCUGUUAGAAAUGUAUAAUGCCAUACAGCCUGGCCCAGUGUUUGGUGGCUCGGAUAAAGACAAAUGGAUAACGCAAGGUUCAUCAACUACAGAUAAAGAUGGAAGAAGUGGUCAAUUAAUGAAAGUGGUCAAUGAUUUGAGCCCUGGUGUGUACCGAAUAAGUUUCAACACAGGAAAAUACAACCCAAAUUGUUUCUUCCCAUACGUUUCUAUUGUCUUCGAGGUGAAAGAGUCCCAGAAGACCGAACAUUUUCAUGUUCCUCUGUUGCUUUCGCCUUUUUCGUUCUCGACCUACAGGGGAAGCUAAGUAUAGAUCAUCCGCUGCUAUAUAAUUGUAAAACUCUGUAAGCAAAUUAGCAAAACAAAAACCGUGUUCCCUUUAUUGUGUUAUGUAAGUUCUGCAAGGCAUUUGUCACCA